AUGUCCAUGAAAGAAGACAACCAGUCUUCUAACAUGGAUUUCAUCCUCUUGGGAGUUAGCGGUCAUCAAGAACAGGAAGAUUUCUUCUUCAUCCUCUUCCUGUUAAUUUAUCCCAUCACAUUGAUUGGUAACUUGGUCAUCAUCUUGGCCAUUCAUUCUGACAUUCGUCUUCACAAUCCCAUGUAUUUUUUCCUUGCCAACCUCUCCUUUGUUGACAUCUUCUUCUCCUCUGUAACACUCCCUAAGAUGCUGGCCAACCAUAUUUUGGGCACCAAAGUCAUCUCCUUUGGAGGAUGCCUAACACAGAUGUAUUUUAUGAUUGCGUUGGGUAACACAGAUAGCUAUAUCUUGGCAGCAAUGGCAUAUGAUCGUGCGGUGGCCAUUAGCCGCCCGCUUCAUUACACAACAAUUAUGAACCCAUGGUGUUGUGCCCUACUAGUUGUUGGGUCUUGGGUGGUUGGAAAUGCCAAUGCCCUCCCCCAAACCCUGCUCACAGCUAAGCUAUCCUUCUGUGGACACCAGGAAGUGGCCAACUUCUACUGUGACAUGGCUUUUUUGCUCAAGCUAUCCUGUACUGACAUCUACUUCAAUUUGAAGAUGAUGUAUGUAGGGGUUGGUGUUUUCUCCAUGCCAUUACUAUGCAUCAUCAUCUCCUAUGUUCGAGUCUUUUCCACAGUCUUACGGGUUCCAUCCACCAAGGGUGUGCUGAAAGCCUUCUCUACCUGUGGUUCUCACCUCACAGUUGUUUCUUUGUAUUACGGGACAGUCAUGGGAAUGUAUUUCCGCCCUCUGACUAGUUACAGCCUAAAGGAUGCACUGAUAACUGUGAUGUACAUGGCAGUGACCCCAAUGUUAAAUCCUUUCAUUUAUAGUCUGAGAAAUCGGGACAUGAAGGCUGCCCUGGGAAAGCUCUUCCACAGGGGAAUCUCCUCAUAG